CAAGAAAUGGAGACAGCUUCUUCUAAAGUAAUCGCGAGGCAUUCGCGAACAACGACAAAGCAACCGUGUAUCACAUACACACGUACCAAUCGGACAAUGAAAUUCGUGUACCUAUGAUAUUCCUCGUUUCGAAAAACAAAAUAGGCACGCGGAACAGCGGUCGCGAGUAGCUCGUGGAAGAGGAGCGCGUCGUUUGAAAUUGGCUGCUUUCUUUGUUUCGUACAACCGUGUUUUGUUGAUUCGAGAACCAUCAAGUCGCCUUUCGCGAAAACGAGCGAUCAGACGCGUUCAAUUUUCCGCGACAGAUAUUUAGCCAGAAAUAGGAUCGUACUGUCUGGAAAUAUAAGAACCAUCGACUAGUUUAAGGAAGCUAAGUAAAUCCAAUUCGAAGCAGAGAUCGUUGGUAUUUGCGCAAUGCUGCAGGGUUGGUCGUUGAUGGCUUUGCUGGGCGCCGUGAUGGUGCUGGCGUUGCCUUGCUUAGGGUACACCGCGAAACGCUCAGAGAACCUCAGCUCUGCGUGGAACGUAGCCCUGUCUCUGGAACCGGAGCAGAAGAUUACUGUCGAUCAGGCCUCGAGCGAGAAGACGUCAGGUAUCGACAAGGUCCUGCAAACCUCGGAUACACCGACAACAACAAAGACAGCAGAGCAGAUGGGUCCUGAGAACGCGACGCGCGAAAGGAGGUCAGCCUUCAUCUUGGAAAACGUCGAAAUCGAGGAGCAUCCCGUGCAGAUCGUCAAAGAUCCUGGAACCAGUCCUGUGGACGAGAACGUGAUCAACGAUAGCGUCCCUUCCAGUCCACAGAACGUCGUUCUUCUUUUGAUCGCAGAUUCAGGACAGAAUCGAGAGAACGUUUGGAAGGACUUGAAGGCUUUGCACUCGUUCCCCGUCGAAGGAUUCGUCGUGAGCUGCUAUAAUACUGACAUAGACGCGACGCGGUUCUCCUUGGACGACGCAUUGGUUUCUGGAAACAAGGACAAGAAAUGCGAUUGCGAGCACUUCCUACGCUCGAAUAUCGCCUCGUUGCUGUUCUGGGCCCGCGACGUCAAAGGAAUGACAAUAGGCACGUUGUCCAACUCGAAUUUCACGAUCCCGUCGAUGUUCGGCUACGAGGAGUCGGUGGACAUCUCGAAAGAACUCGACGAGACCGACGAGAACAACGCCAAGUCGAAAAUUCACAAAGUUAAACCGGAAAGUCGAAGUGACUGGCAUGUGAUCGAUAUAGGGAAGCCGAGCAAUCGCGUCUCUUCGCUGGCGUAUAAGCGAAACAAACGAGAGGACGGAUUGGGCGACCCUGCAUCGAACGUCUUCGACAUGUUCUCCAGAAUAAGAAUCGCCCUGUUCCGUUCUCUGCUCGAAUCCUUCCGUGGUGGUGUCGGUGCUCCGGAUGACUUCGUUAAUCCCCCUCGCAAAUCGCAUCCCGUGCCAACCAAUUUGGUUGACGUAGUUACCGAACUCAAAUCGCUUCCAAAUGAGAAGGGCUUCAUUUUGGUCGCCACGGUGUCGCCAAGCGAACUGUAUUUAGCUUGGGAGUUCCUGCAACGCGAGCUGUCGCAAGACACGCUUUUGGUGAUAGCUGGCGUUUGCAAGCACGAUGCAAAGGCAAUACCGUUCGUCGCCCAAGGACCAGCCUCGAGGAUGUUGCACGAGGCCACGACGAUUUGGGAUCUUCCUACGAUCAUCAGGAACACUAUUCCAAAUAGCUGCCAGGACCUGAGAUGCAAGAUUCGUCGCCACGAAGACGUUCAGCUUCCUAUCGCCCAGCUGAAGAUCAUCCCUCAGGACGAAUUCUUCAGAAGGGUGUCGCGAAACGCAGCAGAACCAGAAAAAGUGGAGCAGACGAAUGACGACAAAACGAACUCAUCAAAUGCUAAGGUGGAGGAGCCUAAGAAACCUGAGGAUUCGAAUGCCAAGUUGGAAACGAAGCAAGAUCAAAAGAGGGACGAAUCGCCAAAAGAGAAAAACUCGUCAGACCUGAAGAAAGCAAACAAAUUCACAGCGAUUUUUAGCACAGCCGCAUCGAUCGUUGUCACGUUUGCCCUUGCUGGCUAAAAAGGCUAUUACCGAUGAUUUUCACCAUCAAAAUUUAAUUUUGUAAUUUAAUCUAUUCAUUUCGUAAAUUUAUACCGCAAUUUUUCGAAAAAUAAUAAAUAUCUAAU